AUGUGCCUUCAAAGCUGCUAUCUCAUUCAAACAAUGGAGUUCUCCACUAAUAAUUCUAGUCUAAGAGCUCCGUCCUAUCCCAAACCAAUUGUUGCUCGUUUCAGUCAUCAUCAAGACAAAGAUUAUGUUCGCUCCUUAUGUAAGAACUUAAAAGGAACCAACAUCGGUUUCUCAGAUGAUUUCCCGAAAGAAAUUGAAGAAAUUCGUAGAAAACUUUAUCCAGUGCUUAAAAAGGCCAAGCAGGACAAGCAAAAAGUCUUCUUUAAUUUUGAUAAAUUGAUUAUCAACGGCCAAAUAUACAGAGGA